AUGACGGACAAGAACGCCGCCCUCCACAAUGCAACCCUCCUCGAGGACACCGAUCUCUGCACGCUCGAUACCUGUCCUUUGAGUAUGGCCAAUAUGGACUACGUGCCGUCACUGGGUGGAAAUCUGGUCUUUAUUGCCGUCUUCGGCCUGGUCUUGAUCGGCCAGCUCGGUAUCGGAAUCCGCUACAAAACAUGGAGUUAUAUGAUUGCCAUGACUGGAGGUUUACUCCUUGAAAUCGUCGGAUAUGUGGCUCGCGUGCAAAUGCACGACAACCCCUUCAAGUCGGACCCUUUCCUCAUGUAUCUCGUCUGUCUCACUAUUGCUCCCGCCUUUCUUUCCGCAGCAGUCUACCUCUGUCUUUCUCGCAUCGUCGUUGCCUACGGCGAACAAGUUUCUCGCUUCCGUGCACGCACAUACACCACCGUCUUCAUCAGUUGCGACUUCCUCGCCCUCCUCCUCCAGGCUGCCGGUGGUGGAAUCGCCUCUAGCGCCGACACCAAGGAGCUCUCCGACAUUGGUGUUGAUAUUAUGGUGGCCGGUGUCUCUUGGCAAGUCGUCAGUCUGGCGCUUUUUGUCGCCCUGUGCACCGACUUUGCUCUUCGCGUUCGCAAGGCCCCUCAAUAUCGCCUCAACGGCCAAUUCGAUCACCUGCGACGCAACAAGUCCUUCCACUACUGGCUGAUCGCCCUGGGCGUUGCCACCUUCACCAUCAUUAUUCGAUCUGUCUUCCGUUGUGCCGAGUUGUCCGGUGGAUUUAACGGUCCCUUGGCCAACGAUGAAAUCACUUUCAUGGUUUUGGAAGGUGCCAUGAUUUCCAUUGCCGUCAUUUCCAUCACUGUCUUCCACCCUGGAUGGGUCUGGCAGGGACAGUGGAACGACGCCCAAUGGCACGUGCGAGGCAAGGGUGGUGAUGACGACGCCUACAGCAAGAUCUCCUUGGACAACCGUCUUAUCGCUGAUGACAGAUCUUGA